AUGUUCGGCCAGAUCGUCAAGCAGACCGCCAACAAGAUGACUGUGGCCGGCCGCCGCGGCAUCUCGGCCUCGGCCAAGCGCAUGUCCGCCGAGGGCGAGCACCACCAGCACCUGGUGUUCGAGGGUGACUUCCCUAAGGGCCUCGUGCUGGGCCUGACCCUGUUUGUGACCGCGGGCGGCAUUGGUGUUCCCGUGAUCCUGUACCGCUACCAGAACUGGAAGCACGGAUUCCCGCAGCAGUAA